CGUCUUAAGCUUCGUUUACUUGUUUCUCGGCCAUCUCUCUUCUCUGCUCUUUCUCUCUCUAACAGCUUCAGGAUUUCUUGAUGCAUCGAAGAUCCGAGCUCUUCUCGGGAAAAUUUGUACAUGGUUUUUUCCCGAGAAACAAACAGAUCCUUAGGCCUUUCUGUUCUUCAGAAUCCACUGCAACGAGACCCACCUCAGACUCCCUCAACAUCCCAUUUCUCUCAGACCUCAUAUCAAAGCAACACUGGUCAGAGCUGAAGACCCAUCUCAAAACCACAAUCCCCACCACGCUUCUCCACCAGUUGCUCGGCUCAGAGGCCGACCCAGAGCUCACUCUCAGGUACUUUAACUGGUCCCAGAAGGUUCUCAAACUCUCACACCCUCUUGAACUCUCUUGUAAGCUCUUAUACUCACUGGCCAAUGCCAAAAAGUACUCCAAAAUCAGGGCUUUCUUAAACAAUUUUGUUAAAGAUGAGAAUUUGCAUUCGAAUUCUUCGAUUUUUCAUGCGCUUUCUAUGUUUGGCAAUAAGUUUUGUGCUAAUUCGUUAAUAGUUGAUAUGCUAGUGUUAGCGUAUGUGAGAAAUUCGAAGACCCAUUUGGGUUUUGAGGCGUUUAAGCGAGCUGGGGAUUACGGGUUCAGGUUAUCCGUGUUUUCGUGUAAUCCACUAUUGAGUGCUUUGGUGAAGGAGAGUGCAAUUGGGGAUGUGGAGUAUGUGUAUAAGGAGAUGAUGAGAAGGAGGAUUGAGCCUAAUGUGAUUACGUUUAAUGUUGUAGUUAAUGGGUUAUGUAAGGUUGGGAAGUUGAAUAAGGCUGGGGAUGUUAUCGAGGACAUGAAGGCGAGGGGGAUUUCACCAAAUGUAGUCACAUAUAAUACUCUCAUUGUUGGGUAUUGCAAGAUGGGUAGGGUGGGAAAGAUGUAUAAGGCUGAUGCCAUUUUGAAGGAGAUGCUGGCGAAUAAAAUUUGCCCGAAUGAGGUUACUUAUAAUACUUUGAUUGAUGGGUUCUGUAAGGAUGAGAAUGUAUCGGCUGCAAAAAAGGUGUUUGAGGAAUUGCAGAGGCAGGGCUUGAAACCCAAUGUGUUAACGUAUAACUCGCUGAUUAAUGGGCUGUGUUGCGAUGGGAAGCUUGACGAGGCCAUUGGCUUGCUGGAUGAAAUGUUGGGUUUGGGUUUGAAACCGAAUGUUGUUACUUAUAAUGUGCUUAUAAAUGGGUUUUGUAAGAGGAAGAUGAUAAAGGAAGCUAGAGAGUUGUUUGAUGAUAUAAUGGGAAAACGGUUGGCUCCUAAUGCUAUAACAUUUAAUACAUUGAUUGAUGCUUAUUGUAAGAAUGGGAUGAUGGAGGAAGCAUUUGUGCUGCAAACUUUAAUGUUAGAGAAGGGGAUUUUCCCCCUCGCUUCAACCUAUAAUUGCUUAAUUGGCGGCUUGUGUAGAAAGGGGGAUAUAGAAGCAGCCAGGAAGCUUAUAAUUGAAAUGGAGCAUAAGGGGCUCAGAGCUGAUCUUGUAACAUAUAAUAUCUUGGUAGAUUCAUUAUGCAGGGGAGGGGAGUCAAGAAAGGCAGCAAGACUCUUGAAUGUGAUGUUUAAGUUGGGUUUGAGCCCGAGUCAUGUGACAUACAAUACUUUGAUGGAUGGCUAUUGUACGGAAGGUAACCUCAAGGCAGCCUUAAAUGUGAGGAUGCAGAUGGAGAAGGAAGGGAAGCGGGCGAAUGUGGUGACCUAUAAUGUGUUGAUUAAAGGUUUUUGUAAGAAGGGCAGGCUAGAAGAUGCAAAUGGACUUCUUAAUGAGAUGUUGGAAAGGGGUUUGAUCCCAAAUCGGACCACUUACGAUGUGGUAAGAGUGGAAAUGAUGGAGAAAGGUUUUAUUCCUGACAUAGAAGGGCAUCUGUAUAAUGUAUCUAUCAGCUCUUGACCUUUGAAAUGAGAAAUGGAAUUGUUAUCACAAUUGCCAAUGAAUCUUGGGGAACACAAGUGCAUGAAAAUUGCAGAACGAGUCCUCAUGUCACAAGUUAUACAUGUCUAGUUCGAUCUGAUAUGUUUAGAUUGUUGCAGUUCAAGAUCACAGUACACGGCUCAUGAGGAGUAUUUUCCCACACUGUUAAAAGUCUUUGGAGCUUGUCAUCCCUUUCCAAUUCAGGUGCUUUCCAAUAGUGAAUCUGCUAGGCGGUCAAGAAUCAACAAGCAGAAGUGCAUCAAGGAUCUGACAAAUGAUAUCAGCUGGUUGCCAAAAUCAAUAUAAUAUGAGCUGGGGAACAAAUUACUGCCAAGAUGCAGUACUAAGACAGUUGUAUGCUUAAAAUGUAAAUACAGUUUGUCGUGGUCAUUUCCAAUUUCUCUAAUCCUAGGUCACAACCUUAAAUGUUGGGUCUUCAUGAGUUUAGUACAAGUGUGUUGGUAAAGUUCCCGGUUAGGCGACACGAGCUGUUAUAAAGUGUUUCUGAUCUCCUUCUGUAAAACAGUAUAGCAAUAAGAGUGCUUGCUGGGGGUGCCAGCUGGUCCCACUUCGAUACUUAAGUCAAUUUCUUUGGUAAAAUAACAACAAUACUUUGAUAAUAAUAAUCUUAACCUUUUGAUACCUGGAGGUUGGUAUGUAUUUAUAUUGAAGGGUUGAGACGAUUAACCCUUUGAAACGAGGGAGAACGUAUCUCUGAUCGUGGUUUCCGAAAUGUGGGUUACUGCUUGUCUCGGAAUGUAAGUCUUUUGAUAAUUCGGAACA